GAGCGAGCCCUUCUUCCUGGGCCAUUGUGUGCGCCUCUUGCCUACAACCCUUCAUUCAAAGGUUUGUGCGUGUUGUCCUUUUAUUAUGAAGUCUACGGAGUCCUCGCCCUGUUAUAAGUAAUAACCACACUAGCAAAUUCACCUUGCAUCCUGCAGUUGAGGUCCGCCUUUAUGAGUCACUCUGGGAGGUUCAGUUUUCUCCAGACCAUGUUGCUAUUGAAGUUCUGACUUUGUGUUCCCAACUGGAGCCACUUUGA